GAAACAUGCGAUGCGAUCGGGGGCUCAGUUGCCGAUCGUCGUCCGUAGCUUAAAGUACUAAAGUAGCUCCCGAGAGCUCCGCGUGAAGAAGUGGAAGCCCAACUACCCACUCAAAUUGACGGCAAUUGCCAGGAAAACCGCCACAUCUACAGAAUGAAGCUGAGCUCGGGAUUGUUUUUGAUCUGCGCCGCCUUGAUUAGCUACACGUCGGCCACGGAUGUCGGACCAUGCCCGAAAUCCAAAUCAAAGGCGCUGGGAGCCGGCGAGGUGUCCAUCUCGAACUGCCCGAAGAGCAAGUGCAUCCUAAAGCGCAACACGGAGGCCAGCAUUGAGAUGAAGAUCCGGCCGGAGCGUGACUUCCAGGAGCUGACCUCCGACAUCCAGGGCAUCAUCCUGGACGUGCCCCUGCCCUUCCCAGGAUACUACGGCACCAGCGCCUGUCCGCACAUCUACGACGAGGCCGGCGAGAAGAAGGUGGGCUGCCCCUUGAAGGCCGGCCAGGUGUACACCUACAAGAACAGCUUCAAGAUCCUGCCCGUCUACCCAACCGUCAGCUUGGAGAUCCACUGGGGGCUGGGCGACAAGAAUGGGGAUGCGGCCUGCUUCCAAAUACCCGCCAAAAUCAAGGCUUAGAAAUGAGAACCAUACAAGUGCACUCAAUGUUAGCUUUUAUUAGUGGUAAAUCUUAAGAUCGUAUCUGCAUAUGCUUAGUUAGGGAUUAAGUACGGUUAAGAGAACGAAAACGAAGCCGGCCAUUAUUGCGGCAUCCAGCCAGUGACGCAAUAUGGCCAAAGGAUUCCACUGAUCUGCUCGGUAAAUCUAAUAAUAAAAAAAACCACAACGAAUUCUA